CGCCCGGCUGCGCGACCCCAGCGCCGUGCUGGCGCGGCUGGCGCUCGAUCGGCGCGAGCUCGAGCAGCUGGUGAUCGUGCGUCAGGAGGAGUGCGACGCGCUGCGCGAACACGAGGUGAUGGAGUCAAUGCAGCAGCUGAUGCGCGAGUCUCUGGCCAUGCAGAACCAGCUGCAGGAGUACCAGGAGGGACGCGACCGCGCCCUGCAGCAGGCCCUCUCGCAGGACCAGCAAACUGACGCGCAGCUGCGGCGGCUGCUGGAGGUGAAGGGCUCUGAGCAGGAGGCGCGGAUCCAGCAGCUGCUGAAGGAUGAGGCGUUCCAGCGGCAGGCCUUCUUCAACCUCUAUCUUCAGCAGGACGCCAGCCGUCUGCAGAUCCUGCACCAGAUCUCUGAGGCGGAGGACGCACUGCUCCGGCUCACGCUGGUGGAGGCCAACCAACGCGACGUCAGCAAAGACUCCGAGCUGGAGCGGCUCACGGAGAAGCGGCGCCACCUGGCGCAGCUGCUGGUGCAGUUGAUGGAGCAGCGGGCCACCCGCGAGCGCGAGCUGCAGCGGCGGCUGGCCGAGAUGGACGAGCAGCGGCGCGGCGAGGUGCAGCACUACUGGCUCGUCCAAUAUCAGCGGCUUCUGGACAGCAAACCUGAGCGGGUCAGGCAGCUGGAGGAGACGCUGGAUGAUAAGGUGAAGGAGCUGCUGCAGAGCGCCGGCGCCGAGGACUACCUCACCAUGUUCGCCACCAGCGGUGUCCAGUACAAGAUGCUGCUGUAUAUGGACGACGCUGAACUGAUCGAGCUGGGAGUCAGUGACCUGUCGACGCGAGCAGCCAUCCUGCGCCAGACGGCGCUGGCCAGGGACGAAGACGAGCUGAAGCCUCGCGCGCCGUCCGCGCCGCCGGCCGAGACGCCGCCGUCGGCCCCGGCCUGCGACGGGGCGUCCGCCGUUGCGGCCGGGGAGGCCCCGUCCACCGACGCAGAGGGUGCGGCGGCCGCUACCGACCGGACGUGUCAGUACCGCACCGCCCACACGGAGCUCGAGUGUGUGGUCUGCAUGGACCACAAGACCGAGGUGAUAUUCCUCAACUGCGGUCAUCUGUGCGUGUGUCGCCAGUGCAGCGAACCGCUGCACCAGUGCCCGAUGUGCCGGCAGCAGGUGCUGCAGAAGCUGGUCAUCACCACCGCCUUCUGACGCCGCCGGGCCUGGCCGACGGCGGCGCAGGGCUGGCCAGGCGCCUCCGCCGGCGCGCGGCUCGAACGCGUGGCGCCUCCGCUAGAGGUCGAGAGCGAGCAGGGAG